AUGCUGACCCGGAUGUUUAAUGACGUGUCCCUGCUACCUGAGGUCCCGCGUUUCCCAGGUUGGGCAGAGGACAGCGAGAGUGAAGACGGAAAAACGCGAGACGAAGAAGCGGAGAGAGGCCGCCUAGAGGAGGAAGACGCGCAAAACGCACACUCCGGCAUGGGCCUGGACGAAGAGGAGGACGAAGAGGACCCAGAAGAUGAGGACGACGGCGACGAAGAUUUAGUCGCCGGGGGCGACGACAGCGGCGACAGGCCGAGAAAGCGCGGCCCUAAGAAACGUAAGAUGACCGCGGCACGCCUGGAACGGUCAAAAAUGCGGCGACUGAAAGCCAACGCUCGGGAGCGUAUGCGAAUGCACGAUCUGAACUCAGCCCUAGACAACCUGCGAAAGGUGGUACCCUGUUACUCUAAGACGCAAAAGCUGUCAAAAAUUGAGACUCUGCGUCUGGCCAAGAAUUACAUCUGGGCGUUGUCCGAGAUCCUUCGUUCAGGACGUAGGCCUGACCUGGUGUCCUACGUCCAGACACUGUGUAAAGGUCUCUCCCAGCCCACAACCAACCUGGUGGCCGGCUGCCUGCAGCUCAGCACUCGUAGUUUCCUCACCGAGCCCUGUCAGGACCCCUCCCGUUACCAUGGCAACGAGCCCUUCAGCAUGCACGCCUACUCGUUCGCCUGUCGGUCGCGUCUCUCCAGCCCGCAGUGUGCCUCGGUGCCCGCGGCGAUCCCGUUACGGACACACGGGUACUGCGCCCCGUACGACUCGCUGUACGCGGGCGGGGCGUCGCCGGGAUACACCAGCCCGGAGUACGAAGGGGGCGGAGCCAGCCCGCCCCUCCCGCUCUGUGUCAACGGAAAUUAUUCGGUCAAGUCGCAGGACGGGGGCGCAGCCUCGCCAGGCACUGACAGGGGCUUCCACUAUUCUAUGCAUUACUCUGGCCUGGCGGGCACACGGGCUGGCACCACGGGCACCGGCCUUGGCACCGCGGGCAGCGGUGCCGGCCACGGCAUCCCGUACGGCUCUUCAGGGGCACGCGUGCACGGAGAGAACACACUGCCUUAUCAUGAAAUGCAUUUACACCACGAACGCACACCUGUAUACGAGGACAUCAACUCAUUCUUCCACAACUGA